AUGACCGAAACUGCUGGCGCGGCCAUCCUCUUGACCUUGCAAGUGGCGACCGUCGCCACCCUGCUGGUCUUACCUCCGGCCACCCUGAUGGCCUACGUGCUAGCGCGCUAUCGUUUUCCUGGCCACACUGCUAUCGCCACCUUGGUCGGCCUGCCGCUGGUGUUACCGCCUACCGCGGUGGGCUUCGUCAUCCUGCAGCUGCUGGCCCGAGAUGGGCUGCUGGGCACCGCGAGUCUGGGCUUUGACUUGGACAUCCUGCUGACCUGGAAGGCGGCGGUCCUGGCCGCCACGGUGAUGGCCUUACCGCUAGUCGUCCGUACCGCCCGGGUCGCCUUCGAGGGCGUCGACCCAAGGCUCGAGAUGAUGGCCCGCACCCUCGGCCACGGCCGGCUCGAGACUUUCUGCCGGACCACCUUGCCGCUGGCCGCCCGAGGCCUUCUGGCGGCGGCGAUCCUCGGCUUUACCCGAGCCAUUGGCGAAUUCGGUGCCACCGUCAUCCUGGCCGGCAACAUCCCCGGCCGAACCCAGACCCUGGCGGCGGCGAUCUUCUCUGCCCAGCAGGUCGGCGACGACCGCACCGCCUACCUUCUGCUAGGACUGGCCCUGUUGAUCGGCAUUGUCGCCAUCGCCGCCUCCGAGCGCCUGGCGAGGCGCCGGCCACCAACACGGGAACCCUGA